AUGGUGGGGGUCCUGGCCAUGGCGGCGGCUGCAGCUCCCGCUUCCGUGAAGGACUUCGAGAUUGAGCCAUGCAAGAAGCGGAGAAAAGAUGAUGACACCUCUUCCUGUGAAACAAUUACCAAAUAUUUAUCACCAACACGGAAGACUGGAGACAAGGUUUUCUCCCCACCAAAGCCUAGUAAUAUUCUACAUUAUUUUAGAAAAACUUCACCCACAAACGAGAAGCUACAAUCAACAAAGAAGUGCAAGAUAAAGCCAUCUCCGCCAUUGCUUGUUGGCAAGAACAAAGACUGUAAGACAACUUUGGAAGUGUUCUCAAAUACAGAAUUUAAGAAGAAAAGAAAGAGAAUUAGUUUAUCCCAUCAACUGAAUGAUAUUAAAAUUGAGUAUGAGGCUCCGGUUGAAGUCAGUACCGAAGAGAAUAAGGAGGGCUGUGGUCUAAGUGAUUUUGUGGAGACCAGUACUUCUGUUUUCCUUUACAAGAAACAUGUGGAGGUUCUUGCAGAAAGCUUUCAAGACGGCAGAAGCCGGUCGAAUACUAUGACCUCUAAAAAACAUUCCAAGAAAGUAAAUCAUAAACAAGGCACCACGAAAAAUGAUGGCAAAAUGUCGAGAAAAAGGAGACGUAAUGAGAUAAUAGAUCUGUCUGAAAGUUUACCCUUGGCGGAUGAAAUGAGUCUGCUUAGGAAAGAUGGUAAAGACAGAAAACAGACUGAGCCUUCCCUGACCGAUGGAAACAAGAGGACUGCAAAUCAUGUAGACUCCUGGGCUCAUGCAACCAAAAUAGCUGAUUUAAAUGAGAAUACAAUAACUGUUUCCUAUGAGGAAUUUUUAAAAAGUCACAAGGCAGCUAAAGUAGAAGAGGUGCCUGACCCUGCAGUGUCCUCUGUUCCUUCCGGGCCUAGUGAAACAGUCAGAAGUGGUUCUGAUGGGGAAUCAGAAGCCUGUGAACCGUCUCCACAGGUUCAGCUUAAGACAGUUACUGUUCUUGCUCAAGUUCACUCCACUCCGCCCAAAAAGAAAGGGAAAAUACCCCCAAUUUUCUUGAAACAGAAACAUCUUGAGCUGGAGAAUAGUCUCUCUGAUCCAGAAAAUGAGCACACAGUUCAGAAAAGGAAAUCGAAUGUGGUGAUCCAGGAGGGCCAGUUAGAGCUGGCUGUGUUGGAAGCUGGAAGCUCGGAGGCUUCAGUCCUCAAGUGCAGCAUGGAGGAGAGACAGCAGUUCAUGAGAGCAUUCAGGCAGCCAACAUCAGAAACACUCAAAAAUGGGCUCAAGAAACCUUUGGAGAAGCAGAAAGACCCAAGUGAAAAAUCUAUAAACGAAGGAGAUAACAGUUCUGACAAUAUCAUAGAAAAUCCUAAUAUCCAAACAGUUUCAAAUCAAGGCAGUUUACAGGCACAAGCUGAAAAAGCAAGUUUUCCUAAGGAGAAAAGUAAAAAGCCAAAUAAAAAGGGUAAGAAAACUUUAGGUACUAUGACCACAACAGGUGGAAACAGAGAAGAAAACAUGCAGAAGGAAAAAACAGCCUUUUCCUUAAAAGAUAAACAGAAGAAAAAUAGCCUUCGAAAGAGUGUAAGACAGAAGUCAGAAGUUUUCAAAAGCAAUGCGUUACUUAACAGUGAAAGUCUUGUUUGUGAGGAUAUGGCACAUGACUCUGUAAAAAUGUCUCUGUGUGACAGAAAUAAAUCAAGAAGAGGUAGCACACCAACCAGGGAUGUUCUUGCUCUUCCCAAAGCUGAGCCUGGAAGCAGGCUGGCAAACGUCUCCACACCCAAACCAACCAGGAGAUCUCUUAGAGGCAGCAGCACACCUGCCACAGUCACCCCUAGAGGCUCUCAUCCUGAGGAGGCUCAGGACACUACUCCAGUGAAGGCUUCCACUCCAAAAGCAGCCAGCACAUCAGAAAAGCACAGCCUAUAUACAGCAGAGUUAAUUACAAUACCCUCUGAUUCGGAGAGCCCCAUUAGAAUGAAAUUCACUAGAAUUAAUACUCCCCAAAAAUCUAAGAAAAAAUCCAAGAAAAGAUCUAAGAAAUCUGAAACAACUGAAGGAGAACUCACUGCUCAGAAGAGAAAGGCAAACAAUACUUCAAAAAAUAUAUCAAAAGCCAAACAACUGAUUGAGAAAGCAAAAACUUUCAGAGUCAUUGAAUCAAAGGCUGAAGAAACAGUGGUACCCUUGAGGCGGUCCUCUAGGCACCAAACACUUCCCAAAAGGGAGCCCUCACCAGAGACAGAUGACUCUGUGAUACUAAUAGAUUCAAGUCCAACCUCGAUAAAACAACCAGAGAAAAAUCAGAAGAAACUUCAGAAUUUGAAUGAUGUACUAGGAAAAAAACUUAACAAGCCUUCUAAAAAUGUUCCUGGAAAAAUGAAAAUUGCUCCUUUAUUUCUUGCCAAAAAGAGUAAAAGAACAGCUGUUCCUGUCUUUGAUUUGGAUGAAACCAGUCAAGAUUCAUCAGAACACACUCAGGAUUGUGAUGUACAAUUCAAAGCAAAGCGUGAUUUUCUAAUGAGUGGUUUGCCAGAUUUACUGAAACGACAGAUUGCAAAGAAAGCUGCGGUGUUAGAUGUGUACAAUGCAGCGAGCACCAGUUUCCAGAGGGUUGUUCACGUGCAGCAGAAGGAGGAUGAAUAUUGGUUAUGGAAUUUGAAGCCACCUUCUUGUCCUCUGUUAACUGAAUAUAAGGAAAAAAAUACUAAAGUAACAGAUCUCUCAAAAUGUGUUGUUGCUCUUGGUGAAUUUUCAACCUUGUAUUCAAAUCCAAAUGCUGUUGUGUUGAUGAGAACAAGGAAGGAUUUUACUAAAGAAGUAAGAAAUCUUUUGCUGGAGGAAAUAAAGUGGUCAAAUCCUGAAUUUUCUUUGGAAAAAUAUUUACCCUUGCUUCUGAAAAAACGAACUGAGCACCAGGUACUUUCUGAGGGUCAAGGUAAACAAGCCAGUCCACAACAGCAACCUAAUGUCACUCAAAGAGAAACCAAAAGGAAACGCGUGGAUACAGGAAAUCAAAAGUCAAAAAGAAAGAGGCCAAAUGAAUAUUCAGUGAGCCCAGAAAAGAUAAAGGGGACGUCAGAUGAAAUUGAAAAAAGAAUCAGUUCUUCUGGAAUAAAUCUAGAUUCUUCCAAAGAUUCUGGAACUGAAGACAUGCUUUGGACAGAAAAGUACCAGCCUCAAAAUUCAAAUGAACUCAUAGGCAAUGAGUUAGCUAUCAAAAAGUUACAUAGUUGGUUGAAGGACUGGAAAAGAAGAGCUGAACUGGAAGAAAGACAGAAUUUGAAGGGAAAACGAGAUGAAAAUCAGGAAGAUUUGUCGGAUAGCAUGGACUUUAAAGGCAGUUCAGAUGAUGAAGAGUAUCGCCUUUGCAACACUGUUCUUAUAACUGGGCCAACAGGAGUGGGGAAAACCGCUGCCGUGUAUGCUUGUGCUCAGGAGCUUGGAUUUAAGAUAUUUGAAGUGAAUGCCUCUUCCCAGCGAAGUGGUAGGCAAAUCUUGUCUCAGCUGAAGGAAGCUACCCAGUCCCAUCAAGUAGAUAAACAAGGUGUAAACUCACAAAAACCCUGUUUCUUUAAUAACUACAGCAUUGGCAAGUCACCAAAAAAGUUAAACUCCCCUGGGAAAGUUGUUACAUCACCAAGGAAGCUUCCUCCAUCAUCACCAAAAAGAAGUGGACAGAAGCGAGCACUUCCUCCUAAAACUUUGGCAAAUUACUUUAAAGUGUCCUCCAAAUCUAAAAAUAAUGAAGAAGGCGGAGGACUGACGGGAAAUAGUAAAGGAAUCAAAAAUUCUUCUUUGGAACAAAGGCAAUUUAUUCAGACUAAAUCAACAAAUGCAAAUAAUUCAAAUAUUAAAGAUUUUGGAGCUGAAGAACCCAACAGAAAGAACACAACAUCUCUCAUUCUCUUUGAGGAGGUUGAUGUCAUUUUUGAAGAAGAUGUUGGGUUUUUGAAUGCAGUCAAAACAUUCAUGGCUACAACCAAACGACCCGUAAUUCUUACUACAAGUGAUCCCACAUUUAGUUUAGUGUUCGAUGGCUGCUUUGAGGAAAUCAAUUUCAAUAUUCCUUCCCUGCGAAACACUGCCAGCUACUUACAAAUGAUUUGUUUAGUUGAGAAUUUCAGAACCGACUUAAAAGACUUUGUAACCUUGUUGACUGCAAAUGCUUGUGACAUCAGAAAGAGUAUCCUUUACUUACAGUUUUGGAUUAGAAGUGGAGGUGGGAGUUUAGAAGAAAGGCCAUUGUUACAUUGCGGAGAAAAUAGCAGAAAUGUACUGGUUUGCUCCGCAGAUGGUUCUAAUGCAAAAAUUAACUCUAAACAAAACAAAAGGAACCGUGUAACCCUCCCUGGAUGUGACACUGGCUGUGCAGAGGCUUUGUUUGGACUCAGGAACAUUGCCUCUCCAGGUCAAGGCUUAUUUUCACUGUUAAAGCACAAGAACACAGAAAAGGAGGAAUGGCAUAAAUUCAUCCAGCUUCUCACAGAAUUCCACAUGCAAGACAUAGAUCUGUUAUACAGCAAUCUAGAGUUCAUCCUGCCAUUGCCAGUUAAUGUCCUUCCACAAGCGAGAGAUGCUUGUGGCUUCCCGGUGGCUGUGGAGGCCAGUGCACCAGGAAGCAUGAAGUACCUUACCAGGAAGCAGUCAGAAGAGCAGACAUUGACAAAAUCACAGAAAAAGAAACAGAAAAAGAUGGUGACCCUAGAUGACAGUGAUUUGUUUGACACUGGAGUGGACUUUUCUGAUGAACUGACUAGCUUAUCUUCCUCAACUGUAGAAGAUGACGUCACAAGCAGAGACAGAGAAGACAACCCAGAGACGAAGACACAGAACAAUGGUUUCGGGUCUGACUCUGUUCCUGGACCUCCCAAGACACCAGCGGAGAAGAUGAGUUCUGUGCUCAUUUCCCAAUGUUUAAAUUCUCUCACUGAGUUCAUGGAGAACAUGUCCUUCUUAGAUGCCCAUUUAACAAAUUCAGGGGAACAGAAUGAAUUGGGUAAAAAUGCCUUUCACUGGACAAGUGGAAAGGUUAAAAGCGGACUUUGUGAUGAAUUUAGUCUUGAAAGUAGAGAAGGGAGGGCUCCUCAGAACUCUGAAGAAUUAAAAGCAACUGCAGAAGCUCUCAGUUUUACUAAAUGUUCUUCUACCAUUUCAAAAGCACUGGAGUCCUUGAAUUCAUGCAAGGAAUUAGGAAGAGACCCAACCAAUGAGCUCACUCUCUGUGUUUCACAAAAGUGCCACGAUGUAUGCUUCUACCAAUCGGCAGCUAAUCUAGACAGUGCUGACAGGAGGAUGGCAGUCAUUAAAAGCGUGUUUUCCAGUCGUUCUCUUCUAAACCUGGGUAAUAAGCCGGCUGGCAUAAUUGACUACCUACCAACUCUCCGGAACAUUUGUCGGACAGAGAAGCUAAAACAACAAGGGAAAAACAGAAGAAGGUUUCUGCACUAUUUUGAAGGAAUUCAUUUGGAUAUUCCUGAAGAGACUCUAACUACUUUGGCAGCUGACUUCCCUUGACACUUCCCCCUCAUCAGUGUCUUGUACAGAUUAUGUAGUCCUUAUGACAUAUUUUAGAUUAUGUUGACUCUAAAGAAGAGCUUAUUUCUCUUAAUGUAAAUUAUAAAAGACUUUGUAUUUUUGUGGUUCAGUUAUUUAAAAUGAAAAAUUUUAGUUACAAACUGUAUAUAUGAUUGUGGCAUAUUUUUUAUGAAUGUUUUGGAUUCUGUUUUUGCUUUGUUGGUAUGCUUUCCAUAUGUGUGAAUUGUUUGUAGAAGGUAAUGUUCACUGAGAGAUUUUUGAAGCUGUCUCAGCGCUGAGCUCACCCGUCACUUCCCUUUCCUUGUAUUCUUCCUCUACUAUCUAGCAUCAGAGCUGUGCCACCAUAGGAAGCACCUAGCUGCCAGUCACGUAAAACAGAUUCAUACGGAAUAUUUUUCAAAUGUCCUAGGAAGGAAAUUGUGCAUCAGUUUUGGAAAGCAUCGCACUUCCUCUUGCCUUUAUUUCUUGUACCUUCCUCCAGCAUAUUUUACUAUUUAAUCAUUGAGUCAUUGGUGUGGCAAUGACUGAAUUCCAGUUUUCAUAAAGUUUAUCACCUGGGUAGUUAAAGUCUCUUGCAUUUUGCCAGCUCAAACCAUUUGUACAUUUUCUGGUCCUUUUAUGUUAUGUUUUAUUUCAUAAAUGUAAUGACAUUAGUUAAUCUGUUUCAGACAAGUUGUUGAUGGUUGGUGUAAUCAUGAAGGAUCCUACCACUGGGUUUUUAACUUCACAGCUGUUUCCAUUUAAAUAGGAUUUGGGGGUUUUGUGGUCCUGAGACUUGAACUUGGAGUCUUUUGUGUUGUAGGCAAGGGUCCUAUGUCUUAGUACAUACACACUCGUAAUUAUUUGCAGUACUACAAAUCAAACCCAAGCCUUGUGCAUUCUAGGGUCUCGAUUAACCACUGCACUAGAACCCCACCUUGUUUUUGAGACAGGGUCUGGUUAUAUUGCUUAGGCUGCCCCUAAACUCCUUCCAGACGUACAUGAUCCUCCUGUCUCGGCUUCUCAAGUACCUGGGAUCACAGGCAUAUCUGCUACACGAAGUGUGGGCUUGUUCUGCUGUUCUUCUUUAAGGAUCUAUUUUUUACUCUAGUAGCAAAAUUUUAAAAUGUUACAUUUGCCAGGCACAGUAUCACACGCCUUUAAUCCCAGCACUCGGGAGGCAGAGGCAGGCCGAUCUCCGACUUGAAGCCAUCCUGGUCUCCAAAGUGAGUCCAGGACAGCCAGGGCUGCACAGAGAAACUGUCUUGGGGGGGAAAAAAGCCACAUUUUAGUUAAUGUUAUUUUACAGUCAAAUAAUUAGGUAUGUUUAAAAUUCUUUCAAUUGCAAAUAUUUGUAUAAAUAAUGUAAUAUUCAGGCACAUUUUUUAAUGAAUUGUAUUUUUAACUCAAAAAUUAA